CACUAGAAAUGUAUCGACUGUAAACACAGGCGGCAAACGCUAGAAAGCGCCGUGUGUUAAUAGCUACGGAAACAACUCCUUCAUUCAUCCAAUGCAAGCCUUCUUUUUCUGCCCUCGAAACGAUUUGAUGAAAACAGCCUCAAGGCGGUGCUCUGCACCCCCCACCAAAUAACAUUUCCCCCCCCCUCCCCCCCCCUCUAUAUAUAUUACACCUUGAAUGUCUCUAUCACAGAGAGUAGUCUGCCUUUUCACACUCAUAGUUUCACAUUCUCCUUCUCAUUAUUCUCCUUCUCUCAGUUCCAGAACCUUCUUCUUUCGCUCUCCGAUCAACCUUUCUCGUUCCCUCAGAUUAUCCACCCCACUCUCUCGUUCAACCAUGCCGCAAAAACAGCGAAGGGGGGGUAAUAAAGAACAUAGGUGGAAAGAAAAGCCGAAUUCCACCAGGUCGUUUCAAGCCACCGAUAGUGCAUCAGCAGCCGCUGUCACUGACAGAUUUGAUGCAUUGAGCAGUGCUGAAAACAGUGGGCAAACCUUUGCUGCGGUCUCAUCUAUGCAGUUUGGAAGUCUUGGAAUGUCGAACCAUGUCCCUGUGCAAAGUCAAAAAGCCAUAUGGAAACCCAAGUCAUACGGAACAGUAAGUGGAGGCACUGCUGAGGAAGCUGAGAGAGCAUCCACCAGUCAUUGGGCAGUUGAAUCCCAUAAAAAUGAAGCUCAGGCAGCAACAGCUGGAAAAAACAGUGCUGGUUUGAGUAAGAUAUACAGGGGCAAUCUGAUGGAAAAUUUCACCGUGGACAACUCCACAUAUUCUCUUGCUCAAAUAAGAGCUACCUUCUAUCCCAAGUUUGAGAAUGAAAAGUCAGAUCUAGAGGUUAGGACAAGGAUGAUAGAGAUGGUUUCCAAAGGCCUGGCUACCAUGGAGGUCUCACUUAAACACUCUGGGUCUCUUUUUAUGUAUGCUGGUCAUGAAGGUGGAGCGUAUGCCAAAAACAGCUAUGGGAAUAUAUACACUGCCGUUGGUGUUUUUGUUCUUGGAAGGACGUUUUGCGAGGCAUGGGGCGCUAGAGCCAGCAAGAAGCAAGCAGAGUUCAAUGACUACCUUGAGAGAAACCGUAUGUGCAUAUCAAUGGAACUGGUAACUGCUGUUUUAGGAGACCAUGGACAACGCCCCCGAGACGAUUACGUGGUAGUGACAGCAGUCACAGAACUUGGCAAUGGAAAACCGAAAUUCUACUCAACUCCUGAUAUAAUCGCUUUUUGUAGGAGAUGGCGACUACCAACAAAUCAAGUGUGGUUGUUCUCCACGAGGAAAUCUGUGACAUCUUUUUUUGCUGCCUUUGAUGUACUCUGCGAGGAAGGAACUGCAACAUCUGUAUGUAAGGCUCUUGAUGAAGUUGCAGAUAUAUGCAUACCAGGAUCAAAAGACCAUACUACGGUGCAGGGUGAAAUCUUGGAGGGUCUUGUGGCUCGUAUAGUUGGCCAUGAGAGCUCGAAACAUAUGGAACAGGUUUUGAGAGAUUUUCCCCCACCACCCUUCGAGGGAGCUGGCUUAGAUUUGGGACCAAGUUUGCGGGAAAUAUGUGCUGCAAAUAGGUCUGAAAAACAGCAAAUAAGAGCACUUCUUCAGUGUAUUGGCACCUCUUUCUGCCCUGAUUAUUUGGAUUGGUUUGGAGAUGAGACCGCUGAUGUGGAAUCAAGAAAUGUUGAUCGAUCUGUUCUUUCAAAAUUUUUACAAGCGCAUCCUGCUGAUUUUUCUACUACUAAAUUUCAGGAAAUGAUUCGGUUGAUGAGAGAGAAUCGUUAUCCUGCUGCUUUUAAGUGUUACUAUAACUUCCACAAAAUUGACUCUGUAACGAGUGACAACCUGUAUUUCAAAAUGGUUAUCCAUGUGCAUAGUGAUUCAACUUUUCGACGAUACCAGAAAGAGAUGAGGCACAAGCCAGGAUUGUGGCCUCUAUAUCGAGGUUUUUUUGUUGAUAUAAAUUUAUUCAAGGCGGACAAGGAUAAAGCUUCUGACAUUGAAAAAACGGGCAAUGGUAUGAUAAAAAAUAUCAACAGUGAAAAUGGAGCAUUGGGGAAAGAUGGUUUAGCCGAUGAAGACGCAAAUCUGAUGAUCAAAUUGAAAUUUCUAACUUACAAGUUGCGAACUUUUUUGAUCCGCAAUGGCUUGGCAAUUCUUUUCAAAGAAGGUCCAGCUUCUUACAGGGCCUAUUACCUGAGGCAAAUGAAAAUAUGGAACACUUCUCCAGGAAAGCAGAGGGAACUCAGCAAGAUGCUAGAUGAAUGGGCAGUGUACAUACAAAGGAAGUACGGAAGCAAGCAUCUAUUAUCAUCCACAUACCUUAGUGAAGCUGAGCCUUUUCUUGAACAGUAUGCAAAACGCAGUCCAGAGAAUCAGACUCUCAUAGGAUCUGCUGGAAACUUUGUGAGAGCUGAAGAUUUCUUGGCCAUAGUUGAGGGGGGGAGGGAUGAAGAGGGCGACCUCGAGAGGGAGAUAGCACCAAUGAUUCCCACUUCUUCAGUCAAGGACACCGUUCCAAAAGAGGAGGGCAUGAUAGUAUUCUUUCCAGGAAUUCCUGGUUGUGCUAAGUCUGCACUUUGCAAGGAAAUAUUAAGCGUCUCUGGAGGACUUGGAGAUGAUCGUCCAGUCCAUAGUCUGAUGGGUGAUCUUAUUAAAGGAAGGUAUUGGCAGAAAAUUGCUGAUGAACGCCGGAAAAAACCUUAUUCUAUAAUGCUUGCUGACAAGAAUGCACCAAAUGAAGAAGUCUGGAGACAGAUUGAGGACAUGUGCGGAAGAACCAAAUCUUCUGCAGUUCCAGUUGUACCUGACUCUGAAGGAACUGAAACAAAUCCAUUUUCUCUUGAUGCAUUAGCGGUCUUCAUACAUCGCGUGCUUCACCGAGUUAAUCAUCCGGGCAAUCUUGACAAGGCCUCUCCUAAUGCUGGUUAUGUGUUGCUAAUGUUUUAUCACCUUUACGAGGGAAAGCGUCGCAAAGACUUUGAGAGUGAGCUAAUUGAACGUUUUGGCUCAAUUGUGAAGAUGCCUUUAUUGAAGCCUGAUAGGAGUCCUCUACCUGAUUCUGUGAAGUCUAUUUUGGAGGAGGGAAUGAAUCUAUACAAGCUUCACACUAGCAGGCAUGGAAGGUUGGAUUCCACCAAAGGAUCAUAUAUCAAGGACUGGGCUAAAUGGGAGAAGCAAUUACGAGAGGUUCUAUUUGGCAAUGCUGAAUAUCUUAAUUCUAUACAGGUUCCAUUUGAGUUUGCUGUUAAACAAGUGUUGGAACAACUAAGAACUAUUGCAAAGGGUGGUUAUUCAGUGCCAAGUGCUGAGAAGAGGAAAUUGGGGACCAUUGUUUUUGCUGCUGUCAGCCUUUCUGUCAGUGAAAUCCAUAGUCUUCUCAAUAAGUUGGCUGAGAAGAUUCCCGAGGUUGAAGCCUUCCUCAAGGACAAGAAUAUGGAGGGCAUUCUUAAGAAGGCUCACGUGACGCUUGCCCACAAGAGAAGUCAUGGUGUUACAGCUGUAGCAAGUUAUGGUUUGUAUCUCAAUCGGGAGGUCCCCGUGGAUAUGACAGCUCUACUCUUCUCAGAUAAAUUGGCUUCACUGGAAGCACGCCUAGGCUCUGUUGAUGGCGAGAAGAUAAGUUCAAGAAACGAGUGGCCCCAUGUCACCUUAUGGACUGGUGAAGGAGUUACGGCCAAAGAUGCCAACAUGUUGCCACAACUGCAUUCUCAGGGGAAGGCUGCUCGUAUUGAUAUCGACCCACCCAUCACAAUAAAUGGCAUAUUGGAAUUUUUCUGAGUUCUGACUGUCCUUUUGUCCCCUUUUGGUUCAUACUGCGGCUUGGAUAGUUAUAUGCAUAACAAGCUUUGCAGGUGAUAUGUAAAGAGAAUGGGGAAUAAUUUUUGUAGGAUCUUAGUGAAACACAAUGAGAUCUGUAUAUUUAGGCUAUCAAAAUUGGGAAAAAAAGAAAGAAAAACAAUUAAAGCAUAUGUAUUCUUCGUAUACAAGUUUGUAUAAUGUCUAUGGACUACAACAAUCUUGAGGAGAAAAAAAAGAAGCAAAUAAUUUUGAUU